AUGGGUCUAUGCUGCACAAAGGGAAGAAUAAGUGCCAAGAGUGAUUUAAAUGCCAACUUGUUUAAAUUGUCAGGGAAGAUCGCUCCAAUCCUGGCUAAAUGUAACAUCUAUCUAGUUACCAGAGAAGAAAUAAGCAUUUUAAGAGAACUCUAUAUCGAUUUAACGCGUAGAACUGAGUCACACCAAAAUAUCGAUAAAGAAACGUUUAUCCAAUUCUUUCCACUGCCUGUAAAAAAUAUUCAGGGCAUGCUGAGUGAAAGGUUGUUCAAGAUUUUUGAAACUUCGGGGACAGGAGUUAUAAGUUUUGAAGAAUUUAUGAUUGGAAUUGCACGAUUUAGCAAAGGAACGAUGGAAGAAAAAUUAAAAUUGAUUUUCGACCUUUAUGAUUUAUCAGAAGACGGAUAUGAUUAUUAAUAAUAAUUUGGCUGGUUAUAUAACAAUUAUAUUAUAAUUAAAUUGAAAAAUAGGUUAAUAAUCAUAAAUAAUUAAUAAAUAUUUAUUUAGAAAGAGCGUAUAUUGAUAGAGCUGAAUUAUUAUCAUUGGUGAGAUUUAUUUAGAUCCACAACUCUUUAAAAGAGACAAUUUCAGAAAAAAAUGUUGCUGAUGCACAAACCCUUGAUACAGUUGGAGAAGGCUCGCUAUCAGAUUUAGUUAUAAGCGUAAAAACCCCAAAAUACCGAUCAAAAACAAGUGUUCAUAAAUCCAGAAGUGGAUCUUCAUAUAAUCUUCAAACCCAGUCCACAAUAAGCCACAGCUCUAAAGCACAGCUGCUGGCAUCCCAGGUUUUGGAGCAAUAUGGAGGUGAAAGAGGAGUCCUUUCCUUUAAAGAAUUUGCUAAUUUUAUUGAUCAGCACCCAAGCAUCCUCCAAAUUUUUUCUACAGUCUUUAAAGAAGAUGUUUGGUCUUUAUAUUUUUUCCGCUAAAUAGUAAGAUUUUUUAAAUGUUUUUUUUAAAAUUUUAUUUAUUAUUAGCCAGUAUAUAUCGGUGAAGGACAUUGAUAAUUCAAAAAAAUUCCAUCGGCCAAAACCUAAAAGCGAUUUAAGUCAUAGCGAGCCAGCAAGUCCUAGCAAAGGUACAGUUGCGAAUACUGUAGACAUGGCAGGGACUGUUUACAAGAAAAAUAAAGAAAAAGAUGAAUUAGAGAAAAAAUACGCGAUUUUGAAGAAAAAUUUACUUGUAUUUUUUGAUCAUCAAGAAGACGCAAUGCCCUCAGGGGUCGUUUUUAUGGAGGGCUGCUAUGUCGAUAUUAUAGGAGAUUAUUUUGUUUCCAAUAAAUUUGGAAUUUCGUUAUCUCACCAAAACGCAGCUUACCAAGAAGUUCUUAUCUACUGUGACUUAAGAAACGAAAGAGAUGAGUGGGUGAAAAUGCUUGAAAUGGCUGCAAAAACCAGAAAAUUUAAAGAAUUUUAUGAGCUUAAAGAAAGAUUGGGCCAUGGGAAAUUUUCUGAUGUUUAUGAAGCGGUCGAGCAUGCUACUAGUAUGAAAUGGGCAGUAAAGGUAAUUAAUAAAAUAAAGCUAAACAAACAAGAAAAAGAGUUUUUGAGGACUGAAAUCGCUAUUAUGAGGCUGAUUGACCAUCCAAAUGUAAUUCAAUUAAAAGAAGUUUUCGACACUAAAAAACAUUUAUUGAUUGUUAUGGAAAUGGUGGAGGGCGGAGAACUAUUUGAUAGGAUUUUAAAAAAAAAGGUGUUCUCUGAGUAUGGGGCAAGUCAAAUAAUAAAGCAGCUGCUAGAAGUGGUCAGCUAUUUGCAUGAAGUAGGAAUCAUUCAUAGAGACAUUAAGCCUGAAAAUAUUUUGCUAGCAGACACUUCUGAUAUCCCACAAAUAAAACUUGCUGAUUUUGGAUUAUCAAAGCUUGCAGGUCCUAGCGAUUCUCAAAAAUUGGCUUGUGGAACUUUAGGAUACGUAGCUCCAGAAGUACUGAGCCAAGAAGGCUACAAUUUUAAAGCUGACAUCUGGAGCAUCGGAGUCGUUGCUUAUCUUUUAUUAACGGGAAGACUCCCAUUUGACCACAAAGAAAAGCAGGUUUUAAUUGAUCUUACCUUAAAUGGGACAAUUUCUUUUGAAGCCAGCUAUUGGGAUCGAUUUACUCCUUUAGCUUCAGAAUUUAUCCAAAAAUUGCUAGACAGAAAUGUUGAUUCUAGGCCGACAGCUCAUGAUGCCCUUCAACAUCCAUGGAUUAAGACUUCAGACGUGAUGAUCCCUAGAGCUAUAAAUAUGCAAAAAAUGGAGGAAAGCCAUCUUGCACGAGGACUUACCUCAUCAAACCUGGCUUCAGUUCAGUACACAGAAAUGAAUAAAAAUGAGUCAACUAAAUCGUUGGAUUCUAUUUAUGACCACACCGUGAUACAAAGUCUGCCUGAUCUUUUCGUCGACAUUGAGCCGCUGAGAAGGCAUGAUGAAGAAAGAAACAUUAUUGAAUUAUAA